AAGAAAUGUGAACAAAACUUUCUUUAACAAUUCCCGGCCACUUGGCAGACGUCAAUGCAUAAUUUGUGAUCAUGAGCUAAUUUAGAAAGUCUUGUUUCGACUGCAGACUUCAGCGUGGGAUUUAAUGUUUUCCUAUGCAAAUUUCGAGUCAACGAAGGUUGAAUCUUUGUAUGAGAUUCCCAUCCAGCUGUGCAAGCUGUAAAUAUAUCUGACAUUCCCCAAUAAUUGCAUGCCUUGGUGGUUUUAUGGAAAUAUAUACAGGAAUUUGUCCUUCUAGAAGAUAAGGCUUUUAUGCAUAUGUCAUCAAGAUGUUCUAAAUGUCGCGAGGUUUUGACUUGUUUCACGUCGGUUGAUGAUGGCCACCGGUUGCUACCAUCAGCCUCGGUAUACCCAGGCGAAUUUUGGUUUGCCAAGGUACACGAAUCUUCAGUACAUAAACGAAGGUGCUUAUGGCAUGGUCUGUUCUGCGGUUGACAACCAUACACGACGUCGAGUCGCUAUUAAAAAGAUCAGCCCCUUCCUUAACUCGAACGGUUCCAAAGCACUGCGAGAGAUCAUGAUACUUUCACGUUUCAAACACGAUAACAUCGUAAAUAUAUUGGACAUCGUAGCAGCGCCGACGCAACAAGACAUACAAGAUUUACACAUUGUUUUGCCACUUAUGGAAACAGACCUUCGGAAGCUGCUCAAGUCUCGACGUCUAUCAAACGAGCAUAUUCGUUGCUUUCUCUACCAAAUCCUACGCGGUCUGAGAUACAUUCACUCGGCCAACAUUAUCCAUUUCGAUAUGAAACCGGGAAAUGUGCUGGUGAAUUCUGACUGUUACCUGAAGAUUUGUGACUUCGGCCUUGCUAGGAUUAUUACGUCAAAACUAGAGGACAGUUAUUUGACACAUUGUGCUGUCACCAGAGGAUAUCGUGCGCCCGAAGUGAUGCUGCGUUGCAAAGCAUUUGUGUCGAGAGCCAUUGAUAUGUGGUCGGUUGGUUGUAUUCUGGCCGAAAUGAUUUCCAAUCGUCCACUGUUCGCGGGAAGGCACUAUCUUGAUGAGCUCAAUAACAUUAUCAAUAUCAUUGGAUCUCCUUCGGCUGAAGAUCUUCUGACGGUUACGAGGGAAGAUAGUAAACGACACAUUCAAUCUUUAGCACGUAAACCUAAGAAGCCACUUGCCGAACUGUUCCCACAAGCAGAACCGGUCGCCUUAGAUCUUCUAGAUCGAAUGAUAACCUUCAGUCCUCACAAUCGUAUCACCGUGGAAGACGUUUUAGAGCAUCGCUUCCUUGACCGCUAUCACGACGAGAUGAACGAACCGGUUGCCUUAGUUCCCUUUAAUUCUGAAUCUGAACCCGAUAAAUUACCACCGGAGGAAAUCAAAAAGAUGAUUUACAAAGAAACGGCAAAAUAUUCCGCUCCUUUUGUAGAUUCUCCCUAUUAAGUAUUAACAACAGAGAACAUAAUUUUAACGACUGUUGAGUUGUCAAUUAAUUUAUUUCACGCUAGAAUCAGAGGGAUUUAGAGGAAGGAUAACUAUAAAUUUAUCAGAUACAACUUAUUGUUUAACGAGAUUAAAUUUCGUAUAUAGUCCCACCUGUUUAUUCUGGCUAGGAAAAUAGGAUAACAUGCAUUUACAUUUAAGGGGUUCAUUCACCAGAGCACCAUUCGACAAUAUAUUAGAUACCCUUCGUUUCCUUUAGCAUCACUCGUGCUAAACUAAUUGCUGGUGAUAAAUAUAUUGGAUAUUUGGAGCGUAACCUGAAUGAAAUGAGAUAGUGUGAUUAAAGUCUGGCAUGUAUUUCCCCCGUUUUUGAUCACUGCUUUUUGAUGAGUUCGCAAUGUCGGCCGUAGGUUUACACCGAACAUGCACUCCUGCUGGUGCGCAUGAUUUUAUAUCUCUUGCUCGAGUCUGUAGUGAGAAAAGAAGAAGAAAUAUAGAGCCCCUGUUUAAGGAGUCCCCCUUGGAAACAAUGAAUAUUAGCCUUCGUAAAUACCAUGCACCACAUUUCAGUUUUAGUCAAUACAGCUGUAUAUAAUUAAUUAUAAGUGACUGUAAAUAGAUUCUAUAUAUAAUAUGCAAUAUGUAAUUAAAUAAUUAUAAAAAUAUACAUAAGAUUCAAGUUUUAAAACUGAGUUGUUUUAUGCUCAUGCAUCUGAAAUUGGACGCGAUGUAUGUAGUCAGUUUUACAUACAGGUUUAGCAUGACUCAGCAGAAUGCCGUAUUGUGAUUGGUUUGCGAAAACAUUCGACGCAAGUGCAUGGGAUCGCUCCUUUAUUAUACUUUUUAUGGGUUAGUCCAAGUAAAUUUGCAUAAUGGAGAAUGAUUUUUUAGUGUCAUCGCGAAUUCAAUGUUUUUACACAUUCAAGCUAAUAUUUAAACAUGUAUCAUCCAUCACUCAAA